AAGAGAAGAAAGUCCAAGACAGGAGAAAGGAGAUGAAGCAAAAACGGGGGUAAAGUAAAAGUGUAAAACAAUGGCGCACUGUCCGUUUUAUUAGGGUUUUUCUCCGCAGACUACGCCAUCAAAGUUCCAUCAUCAUCUCCAUCGCCUUGCUCGAAACCCCAUAAUCAUAACAGCAAGUACACGCACAAGCUAUCACACUUUCUCUCGUCUCUUUGCGUUUAUGCUGUUUCCCCUUUUGCAUACCGGGCUUCUACUCUGAAAUCAAACAAAGAUUUGAUUUCAACAAAGAUUGAUGAUGAUAUAUUUAGUGGGAUUGCAUCGAUACAUAUAAAGCAGCUUCCUUUUACUGUUCUUUGUUGGAGGUUGUUGAAGAAAGCAUACAAAAGACUAAUUUACCCGUGUGACAAAAGAUAGCUAAAACGGGGUCUCUCUGUUGUGUGGCUGCCAGGCCACAUGAUGGGUCCAAUGCGGUUAGCCAGGACUGGUCCAUGGGCCCACACGAGCCCUACUGGCGAACCAACACCAGCUUCUCUCCUCCACCACCAAGAUGGGAUUUCCGAUUCCAUUCCGAAGUUCAAUCAUUCGGUUCCCAAGAAGGAAACCGUUUAUACAACGGUUCUUCUACAUCUUCAAACAGUAGAGAAAGUCGAAACUGGUUAAGAACAAAUCACUUACCAAAUCAUCGGCAUUCUGUUUCUGAUGGAAUUGGAGCACUUUUUAGUACCCCAUCCGACUUAUCCCCAAACCAACAGUGGACCCCACCUACUAUCCAAGAAAUCAGCCUUGAUGAAUAUUCUAAUUCAUCAAAAAGAGUUUUGGGGCCGUUGUCAUUUUCGCCAAAUUCUGAGGGAAUUUCGGCUCCUAAUGAAGGAAGAGCUUCGAUUUCAUCUCAUUCAGAUAGUAGUGAUUUUGAGACAAUUGUAAAAUCACUAUCCUCUCAAUCCCAUCAUGGCCGGCGUUGCUUCAUGUCAAAGCCAGUCCACCCGUUGUCCAUUCCAGUUGAAAGAACCAACUCUGGAAUCGGAAUCGGAAUCAACGAUUCCGAUGCUGCUAGUUGUGAAUUUGAGCAUUCCGAUGUUUCCGAACCAAUUGAAUCUGAUGUUAUUAAUCGAUCAAGUGGAGAUAAAUGUGGUCUCUGUGACCGGUUUUUGUCCCAGAGAUCACCAUGGAGCUCCCGCCAGAUCAUCAGAAGUGGAGAUUUUCCGGUGACCGGAGUUCUCUCCUGCCGCCAUGUCUUCCAUGUAGAAUGUUUGGAUCAAACAACACCAAAAACACACAAAGGUGAUCCUCCGUGUCCCAUUUGUGUUAAAUCUGAACCUAGAAAUUCUCCUGAACAACGGGUUUUGUCAAAAUUGAAAAACUCGGGGGUCCCACGCCUCAAAACCUUUCGUGAGGAUGGACCAUCUCGCCCCUGGCGGUGUGCUCAGGCGGGGAAUUGUGUUGAAGGGGCUUUGAGUGCACCAUCACGCAAUGGCAUGAUGGUAAUUAACCGGAAUCGGAUCAAAAAAGGUCUUUCCUUGAAGGGGAACUCCGGUAAGGAGUUCGCCGGAAAACUAAAGAAUGGUGGUGGUGGUGGUGAUGGGGUCGGGUGUUCAAAGUCAGCAUCAAGUUCAAGAAAGAGGUGAUGAAAAUGGUAUGGGGUGUGUGUGUGUGUAUAUAAGAAGUGCAAGGACUAAAAUUGAUUUUGAUUAUUAACUUGUAACAAGAGCCCCAAAAUUGUUUUGAUUAAUGUUAUUGUUAGGUAUAUGUAAAAUAUUGUAAUUUUGGAAGUUGGGAUUCUGUAGGUUGUGUGUGUGUUUGCGAUAGAGGUGUAAACUAAUGGGAUACAUAAAUAUCUGCUUCUAAUUUAUCAUGGAUUAUUACUAA